AUGAUAAAAGAAAUAAAGAACUCAAAGAACACCGAAAGCGAUGAAAUAAAACCUACUAAAACAAUAAACAAAAGAGGUGCUACCGAAAUCGACAAGAUUACAAACAAAGACAAACAAAUGAAAACUCCAAUAAUGAAGACACCAAGAAUGACGAUGAUUACUCAAAAAAAAAGGUUAGUAACACACUACAGACAAGCAAAAGCACCAUUAGCUGUGGUGCCAAACAUAAUAGCGAAACUUGAAAUGACAGCUUUAGAAAUAGUAACCCAGUAA